CAAACCCUCUCGCCGUCGAACAGCAACCACUACAAAGCAGCACAUUCACGUUAUCACAUCAUCUACUCCACUCUCUGAAUGCAAGCUGCAGUUGCAGCCAUGGCGAUCCACACUCUCCUUACUGUCACUGUCUCCCCAUCUUCUCACACUCUUCUCUCCAAAUUUCCCUCACAUUCUUCUUAUCCUCUUCACUCUUCUUUUAACGGCGUCUCUCUCAAACUCCCUCUUGGUUCCAACUUAACUCUAUCCGCCGUCGCUCCCAAGCCCUUCGUUGUUGUCGCUGCUACCAAGAAAGCCGUUGCUGUUCUCAAGGGAGAUUCUAAUGUCGAAGGGGUUGUUACUUUGACUCAAGAAAGUGAUGGUCCCACAACUGUGAAGGUUCGAAUUACAGGACUUACUCCUGGACCUCAUGGUUUCCAUCUACAUGAAUAUGGUGAUACAACAAAUGGAUGCAUGUCAACGGGAGCACAUUUCAAUCCUAGCAAUAUGACUCAUGGUGCUCCUGAGGACGAAAUCCGUCAUGCGGGUGACCUGGGAAACAUAAUUGCUGGCACUGAUGGUGUGGCAGAAGCAACAAUUGUUGACAGUCAGAUACCAUUGAGUGGUCCUAAUGCUGUAAUUGGAAGAGCUCUUGUGGUUCAUGAGCUAGAGGAUGACCUUGGAAAAGGUGGGCAUGAACUUAGUCUAACCACUGGCAAUGCAGGCGGAAGACUAGCAUGUGGUGUAGUUGGCUUGACUCCACUAUAAGUUUGUCACCCGAUUGAACCAAGUAGGGUCUGCACAAAUGGCCACUUGCUUUUGCCAGAUUCUCUUGCAGAGCCAGAUGUUAUUAUAAAACUGAGAGGGUGUAACAUAAAAGUGUCAAGACUGCAGUAUUAAUAAAUCAUAUUUGCAGGUAUUGGUCAUGUUUACUUGUAUUCAGGACAAUAUAAACUUCGAGUUAUCUGUGCAUGUCUUGAGAAUGUCUUGAACUUUUUUGAGUUUCAAAUUUAAUGGAAGACAGGUUGAUGUUGUGGAA